AGCGCCCGCGAGAUCCGGUGCCGGACCCCCCCCGGACACACCCCCGGCGGCUCUCCCAUCCUCAUCAACAUCAACCGGGCAGAGCUGAGCAACCCGGAGGUGAAGUACAACUACACGGAAGACCCCACCAUCCAGAAGAUCGAUCCCGAGUGGAGCAUCAACAGUGGUGGGACGCUGCUGACGGUGACUGGCACCAACCUGGCCACCAUCAAAGAGCCCAGGAUCCGGGCCAAGUACUGCAGCUCUGAAAGGGAGAACAACUGCACUGUCUACAACGACACCACCAUGGUGUGCUACGCACCCUCCAUCGACAACCCUGUGCGGAGUCCUCCAGAGGUCGGUGACCGCCCAGAUGAGAUCGGCUUUGUCAUGGAUAACGUUCAGGCCCUGCUGAUCAUCAACACCACCAACUUUGUCUACUACCCAGACCCCGUCUUCGAGCCGCUCAGCCCCACAGGGAUGCUGGAGCUGAAGCCCAGCUCUCCCCUCAUCCUCAAGGGCAGGAACCUGCUCCCGCCGGCUGGGGGUAACUCCCGCCUGAACUACACGGUGCUGAUCGGAGACACUCCCUGCACCCUGACCAUCUCUGAGACCCAGCUCCUCUGCGAGUCCCCCAACCUCACUGGCCAGCACAAAGUCACGAUCAAGGCUGGAGGGUUUGAGUUCUCCCCGGGGACGCUGCAGAUCUACUCGGACAGCCUGCUCACCCUGCCUGCCAUCAUCGGGAUCGGCGGUGGGGGUGGUCUGCUCCUCCUCAUCAUCAUCAUCGUCCUCAUCGCCUACAAGCGCAAGUCCCGGGAUGCUGACCGGACCCUGAAACGCCUCCAGCUGCAGAUGGACAACCUGGAGUCACGGGUGGCCCUGGAGUGCAAAGAGGCCUUUGCUGAGCUCCAGACUGACAUUAACGAGCUGACCAACGACCUGGAUGGGGCUGGCAUCCCCUUUCUGGAUUACCGCACCUACGCCAUGCGGGUUCUUUUCCCAGGGAUAGAGGACCACCCUGUGCUGAAGGAGAUGGAGGUCCAGGCGAACGUGGAAAAGUCCUUGACCCUCUUUGGGCAGCUCCUGAACAAAAAGCACUUCUUGCUGACCUUCAUCCGCACUCUGGAGGCUCAGCGGAGCUUCUCCAUGCGGGACCGUGGCAACGUGGCCUCCCUUAUCAUGACGGCGUUGCAGGGCGAGAUGGAGUACGCCACAGGUGUGCUGAAGCAGCUCCUCUCCGACCUCAUCGAGAAGAACCUGGAGAGUAAGAACCACCCCAAGCUGCUAUUGCGGAGAACGGAGUCGGUGGCAGAGAAGAUGCUGACGAAUUGGUUCACGUUUCUGCUGUACAAGUUUCUGAAGGAGUGUGCCGGGGAACCGCUUUUCAUGCUCUACUGUGCCAUCAAGCAGCAGAUGGAGAAGGGACCCAUUGAUGCCAUCACAGGAGAGGCUCGCUACUCCCUCAGUGAAGACAAGCUUAUCCGGCAGCAGAUUGACUACAAGAUGCUGACCCUCAACUGCGUGAACCCUGAGAAUGAGAACGCCCCGGAGAUCCCCGUCAAGGUGCUGAACUGCGACACCAUCACGCAGGUGAAAGAGAAGCUGCUGGACGCCGUUUACAAGGGUGUGCCCUAUUCCCAGCGACCCAAAGCUGGAGACAUGGACCUGGAGUGGCGGCAGGGCAGGAUGGCUCGGAUCAUACUGCAGGACGAAGAUGUCACCACAAAGAUCGACAAUGACUGGAAGAGGCUAAACACUCUGGCCCACUACCAGGUGACGGAUGGCUCCUCGGUAGCCCUGGUGCCCAAGCAGAACUCGGCGUACAACAUCUCCAACUCCUCCACCUUCACCAAGUCCCUCAGCAGAUACGAGAGCAUGCUGCGGACAGCCAGCAGCCCCGACAGCCUGCGCUCACGGACCCCCAUGAUCACCCCCGACCUGGAGAGCGGCACCAAGCUCUGGCACCUGGUGAAAAACCACGACCACAUGGACCAGCGGGAGGGUGACCGGGGCAGCAAGAUGGUCUCUGAAAUCUACCUGACCCGCCUAUUAGCCACCAAGGGCACCCUGCAGAAAUUCGUGGAUGACCUGUUUGAGACCAUCUUCAGCACAGCGCAUCGUGGGAGCGCGCUGCCCCUCGCAAUCAAAUACAUGUUUGAUUUCCUGGAUGAACAAGCUGAUAAGCAUCAGAUCAAUGAUUACGAUGUCAGGCACACCUGGAAGAGUAACUGUCUACCUCUACGUUUUUGGGUGAAUGUGAUUAAGAACCCCCAGUUUGUGUUCGACAUUCACAAGAACAGUAUUACUGAUGCCUGCCUAUCCGUGGUGGCUCAGACAUUCAUGGACUCCUGCUCAACUUCUGAGCACAAGCUAGGAAAAGACUCUCCCUCCAACAAACUACUGUACGCCAAGGACAUCCCCAACUACAAGAGCUGGGUAGAAAGAUAUUAUGCAGAUAUUGCUAAAAUGCCAGCGAUCAGUGACCAGGACAUGAGCGCGUACCUGGCGGAGCAAUCGCGGUUACACCUCAGUCAGUUCAACAGUAUGAGUGCGCUGCACGAGAUCUACUCCUACAUCACCAAGUACAAGGAUGAG